CAUGUUCAAGCUGGUGUUCGCCAUCCUCGCCGCCCUCGUGGCGUUCGCCGCCGCCAAGCCCUGGGGAGUUUCGUACGGGGCUCCCCUGGCGUACGCCUACGGCUCACCUCUGGCGUACUCUGCACCCGUGGCAUACGGCACCUAUGGCUACGGUUCGCCCGUCGUCUCUGCCUACUCGUACACUCCGUACGCCGGUGCUCCUGUCGCCUACGCCGCUAGCCCUUACUCUUAUUACCUAAAACGCUGAAUAGGACCUGAAAUUUUUCUUCAUUAUGGAUGACAUACUUAAUCAACGAUUUACAAUAAAGUUGUGUUUUUAAAACAAGUGCGUUUAAUUUUCUCAUGAAAUAUUAAGACGUGGCAGACUCACAUUAUUUUUAAUGUUUUUGGAUUAUGUUUCGUUGAGGUUUUACCGCUACAGCUCAAGGUGAGGAUAUACAUGAAGUUUUGACCACACAGUUAGUUCGUUAAUCUGUGCUGUGAUUAUACAUUCUUUUGUUUCCAGCCGAACUAUUCGGUGAGGCCUUGGUUAUAGUUUAGUUUUCAAAGCAAAGAUUCUUUUAAAAUAAUCAUUAUUCGUUCCUCCUUUACAACCGGACCUAAACAUGUAUAUAAGUAAGCACAUCUUCAUGGCUUUUACUACAUUUGAAAUACGGCUGUAGUACAGCUGCCGGUGCUACUCAUUGUCAGAGGUGUCAUUUGGAAAUACAAAU